AUGUGGAACCAAAAGAUCGCGAUGGUAUGGCGGCGCUUCAUUUUGCUGCCGAGUCGGACUACUUGGACGUCGUUGAGGUACUUCUCCAACAGGAUCCGAACACCAACUCGGUGGCACACAAAGACAGACACCAUUGAUGUUAGCGGGCAGAGCUGGUCAAAGAAAAGUUAUCCCUCACGUCAUCAAGACUCUAGUCAGGUUGGUUGCUAA